AUGCAAAUGGCCAAGGUGCGCCCGGACCGAGUGGCUCUCUACAAGCGGCACCACCAGGGCGUUUGGCCGGAAGUGGAGAAGGGCCUUGCAAAAGUCGGGGUGGAGACGAUCUCCAUUUGGUCAGAUCCCAGCGAUGACUGUGCCUUGUACAUGUAUUUGGAGAUGGCCGAGGAUGCUGGCGACAUGGCCGAAGGUUCUCAGUACCGAGAUGAUCCGCGCGUGCGAGAAUGGGAACGAGCCAUGGAGACUGAGUUCCAUGCAGGCUGGAAGCCUUUGAGUGAGUGGUAUACCUUGAAAUGCAGCGGCUCCAAGACAGUGGAAGUCUCCACCAACUCACUGCUACAACGUCAUCGACGGGAAGUGAGGCUUCGCCCUUUGGGAACGUCGCAGGCGAGCUCGGCCGAGGGGCUGGAGAGAUGCCGCGAUCUUCGCGGCCGCAAAAAGGAGCAGCGCAUGAAAACACCGGAGCUGUGGCCGGUGCGAGCCGGCGCGGUCGAUGGGAUGGAUGGGUGGGUGCCCCCCACCGGGACCUACUAUUCUCCCACGGUCUAUGCGGAAGCCUGGACGCUGAAUGCGGCCUUGAUACGGAAAAUCCCUUUGGACACCCGUAUCUCGGGGAACGCGCCUUCGGGUUGGACCACCACGGAGGGGAGUACCUAUGAGACUAAUCAAUAUGGCCUGGUGGGUGGUUUGGGGAACAUGAAGGUGAAGUUCUACGGCACUGACUGGUCCAAUCCGGCCGUGACAGUGAUUGGAGAGAACUCUGGAGGCACCAUCCAGAACUGGGUGGCUCCUGAUGAUUGGCUUUGCUCGGGCUACACCUUGCUAGACUUGAGGAUGGGCACCAUGGAGAUCAGCAAGGUUUGGGAUGCCAUGCGAGCCGAGUCCAGUGGCAUGACCUGGUUGCUGCGGCUUUUGGGCUGGAUCAUCGCCUGGGUCGCCUUCUGUUUGUUGGCGGGUCCUCUUGAGGUGGCAGCUGAUUGCAUCCCAUGCAUUGGCCCCUGCCUGGGCAACAUGGUCUCCACCGUCAUUUGUGUCGUCUCCUGCCUGCCGGCCACGGCUUGCACUCUGGGCGUCGUGGGAGUGGUUUGGGUCGUGAUGCGCCCCAUGGUCGGCAUCCCCUUGCUUUGCAUCUUCAUCAUUGUCAUGGUGGCCUUCAUCGUUUGGAAGGUCUUCUUUGCAAAGAAGGGCGGAAAGGUCUACGAUUCCGAGCAAAGUGGACAACUGGUGGAAGGAAAUGUGGUGGGCAACCCCGUGGAAGCACCAGCCAGCAACCAAGUGGAAGCACCAGCCCCGAAAGGCUACAGUGGUCCGGUGGAGGAGGAGGUGGCCCAGAACUUCUUGGAAGCGCUCCGCGCGGAGUAUGUGAAUGGCCAGGGCGGCGCCGUGGGCGGCUUCUUCGAGUCCAACGGAAACGCCGAAGGUGCUUUGGCGCCCUUGGAGGAUGAGGUGCGCGCAGCAGGAGACAAGAAUGCCGCUGUCAAUGCCCUGGCCCGACGAUGGGGCCUCUGA